CUUGGUCUCCCUAGCCAGACAUACAGAGAGCGAGCACAUCAGUAGAUAUGCCACACAUCCCCUUUCAAAUUGAUUCCUAGGCAAUAACCUGGAAUGGACUGCAAACUGUGUGUGAUAUAGCGUCAGUCGUGGGAGUCUUCUCAGCUUCUCUUACAUCUUUGUGCAGCAUCUUUGGAGUCUUCAUUCUGUCCACACACAUUGCUUGAGAUCUUUAUCUCUGCUGCUCUGAAGAUAGAUGCAAACCAUAUAUUCUGCAAGCUUCAACAGUUAAAAGAAGGAAUCCAUUCAGAAUACUUGCUGAAGCAGCAUGCAUGCUAAGGCAGAGCCACUCUGUCAGUAAAUCUACCUAGAUCAAUUUGGGUGGGGAUUAUACUCAUUUAAAGCACCAUGGAUCUACAGUCUUACAGAGGAUCAUCAGAUGUACCUUGAUGGACCAUACCAAGUAAUAUAUGUGAAAAUCAACAGUAACCUGGAAAAAGUUUGACUGAAGGAGAUUUAAUCUAAGGACAUGGAUAUUUCAACUGCAGAUAUCCAACAGGUCCUUUCCAUUGACCAAAUACGUUCCAUCAGAGCCAACAAUGAUUAUGUGGAGAGACCUACAGUUUCAUUUACGCAAACCUGGUCAAACCCUUCUCUUUCACAGCACAGUGCAAAACAAGAGUGGCCUCAUGAUCAUUUGGUGUCUUUCAAUCACCAGGAUCUACACCGCAGCCAAAGUCAUCAACAUCAAUCGCAACAUGUUUAUCAUGAUCUAAGCCAUUCCAGUACAAUAAGUUCAGUUUCUCGGAGCACCACUGCUUCAGAUCAACGACUUUUAGCCGGAAUCACCCCAUCUAAUUCUGGCCACUCAUUUAUGAGGACACAGCCAAAAGAUGGUGACAUGAAGCAAGAUGAAUUUAUUAAAAGAAUAAUGGAUACGACUGAUGUAUAUGGCCAUAACAAAAUCUGUGAAGAAUGCGGGCGUUGCAAAUGUAAUGAAUGUGCACAGGUUAGAAAUCUCCCUUCCUGCUGGGUUUGUAAUGAUAGGUGCAUUUGUUCUGCAGAAAAUGUCAUCGAUUAUGGGACUUGUCUUUGUUGCAUUAAAGGCCUGUUCUACCAUUGCUCUACUGAUGAUGAGGAUAACUGUGCUGAUGACCCCUGUUCCUGUAGUCAGGGAUCCUGCUGUGCCCGAUGGGCAGCCAUGAGCCUCCUUUCAUUCUUCAUGCCCUGUCUAUGCUGCUAUCUUCCUGCCAAGGGUUGCCUGAAGCUAUGUCAGAAGGCUUAUGAUAGGGUAAAAAGACCUGGCUGUCGAUGUGAGAAUCAUACUAACACUGUCUGCAGGAAAAUAUCCUCAUCAAGUGGCACACCAUUCCCAAGGCCUUUUGAUAAGCCUGUAUGACCAAAAGGCCUUAUUUGGUUAUGAUUCUGUGUUUCCUUUUCCUUGUUACUACUUCCUACUGUGCUCUUCUUGGAAACCUUCCGUGACAGUCAAUGCCUUACUAAGACCCUCUAAUGAUUAAGGAAGAUGUAAUCAUCAUCUGGAAAGCUGAGCAAAAUUAAUUUAAAAAUGUGAAAGAAAAGAAUCAGAAUGUGUCAAACCCCACGUCUAUUGAUCAAAAAAGUUGAAACAACUAAUGUUUCGUAAGUGGGGUUACUGAGAUACUGUCACACGGAUCGGAGAUCAUAUGCACAUCAGGAGGUCAUGGAAAAGAAGUUGUAUGGGUGAUCUUCCAUCUUGGAAUGUAAACAUCCUAGACCUUAAAAAGGAAAGAAAGAAAACAUGCAUCACCACAGCAUUGCACCGUGGCUUAUGCUGAGGAAUGAAUCCAACAUUCUAUAAGGAAGAGCAAAAAUUUGAAUGGACUGGCAACUUAGAAGCUACAGAACCAAAUGUUUACAACAGGAGAAGAUCACAGGCAAAUGAAAAUGUGUGCAUCAUGAUAUACCAGAGGAAUAUUUGCAAGUAUAUAUCUGUAUAUAUCAGAACA